AUGCGUACCGCCCGAGAUACCGCGAGAGACCAAGCCACUGCUGCCGUGAAAGACGUCGAUCAAGCUCAUCAGGACCGCGACGUUGCGCUCCGAGAGAACGCCGAUCUCCGAUCGUGUCUCCAAAGCGCGCAACAAGUGAUCCGUGCCCAAGACGCCCAAUUCAUCGACGUCCAGGAUGCCUUCGCUAUAUUGCGGCGCGUCAGCGAUCGAUCCAACGAGGAUCUCGAGAAUGUGGCCGACGACGCCUUAUCUCGCGUAGUUCGGUGGAUUGGACUUCGCCAGUGCGCGCCGACCACGCCUGUCCGUUGUAGCCGCAGUCGUUCCGGAUCUCCGGACUCCGUCGGGCACAUCCACAAACGUGUCCGAUCGGCGCCUCCACCACGUAGUCGGUCUACGAGCCGAUCGCCCGCUCGGUCUCCCUCACCUUCCUUUUCGUUACCCGGCCAUGACGAUGAACUCCCUGCUGGGGGUCAGCCUGCCGAAGAUCAACCCGCAAAGAAGGUGCCUGCUGCAGAUCAACCGCCUUCCGAUCUGAACGAUCAAGAGAGAUCGGACCAAGAAGAAUCAGGUUCGCCCCCUCGAUCUACGCAGGAAGACCGGUCGGAAGAGGAGGAGUCGUCUCCGGCCCGAUCCGCGGCCGACGAGGCAAAUUCCGAAUCGGAGGGGCCCGAUCAAGAGACCAACGAAGAAGAAGACGACUCGAUCCCGAUCGGAGGCUCGCCGCCGUCAAUCUGCCUCGCCGACACUUCGCCGGCUCGCUCGCGAUCGCGAUCGCCCUCAGUCGUGUCGAUCCACUCCCAAUCUGGAUCGGUUCGCUUCCAAUCGUCCCACGGAACGCAUCAGUCCCGUCAUGGCUCACCUGGACCGACGCCUCCGGGAUCCCCGCCUGGUUCUCCACCUGGAUCGCCGCCGCCCGGUUCUCCGCCUGGAUCGCCGGGGCGUCGUCCUCUGGUCCCGCCGAUGUUCCCGAUCGGUACCAUGAUCCCGGGUUUCAACGCCCCCAGGGCACUCGCUCAGACUGAUACAGACCCCUGGCCUUCGAUCCUGCUGGGACAGCUACAGAUCACCGGCAUGAUCCUGACGCUGACCCACCAUCUCCUCCUACCCGGGGGCUGGCUCUUCCCGCUCGUCGUUCGGGGCAUUGCACAGCCUGCGGCCGGGGUUGGCUAUCGAGACGACCUGAUCACCGGACCUAAGAUUACCGCGCUGAUGGCCGAUCGCCCCUGGCAGGUGCUGCAGAACCCGGCCGAUCCGUUGACUUUCGAUCUGGCACUCCAUCGAGGCGCCGGCACCCGAUUGGGUCGGAUCGCCACUGCCUAUCUUCAGUUCGAAGAGCAGAAUCGCCAGGCCUUCUGGAAAACAACUCAUUAUCUCCCGAUCACGGGCGCCCAGGAUCGGGAUCAGAUCGUCGAGCGAUACCAUCGCGAUCGUCGUGCCCGACGGAUCCGCCUCGAUCCCGGUGCGACAGCGUACGCUGUGACCUGGUAUCCUGGCGUGGUAUCUCGCGCUGCGAACAUCGGCAACCCCACCCAACACCAUGGCGAACCGACCGACCUCCGAACGGCCCUGAUCGAGGCCGACACCCAAGAUCCCUGGCGGAACCAGUACCGCGCCCACCCCCAGGACCAUCCAGCCCAGCGGAUCCCGCGUCUCCGCAACAAGUUCAACCCCAACGUCAGCGCCCAACACCAGCCGUGA